AUGAUUGUUAACCCACAACUCACCAUGAAGUUUACACAACUAGAAGAAGCAAUGCAAACACCACAUAAUCCACACCCCAAGAUUCAAAGGGUAACACAUUAUCUCAGAGAUCGAAAACAUUUUACCAUGCAUUACUCGCCCAAGUUAGUGUCCAUUGGUCCCAUCCAUCAUGGAGAAAAGAAUCUUAAUCUCGGAGAACAAUACAAGCUUAUGUGGGCAUCAAUGUACCUCAAACGCAACGAACAAAAUCCACAAACUCUAUACCAAAAAAUUGCAGAAAAAAUUGAGCAACUGAAGGAUCUUUUUGCUAAGGAUGUUAUCGAAGGGUUCCAUGAUAAUGAAAAGCUAUCGUGGAUGCUAUUUGUGGAUGGAUGUUCUCUGCUACAAAUAUUGGAUGAAGGGAACCUUGAUAAUUCAAAAAAAAUGAAUGUCAAGCUUGAUCAACUUGCUCUUGUGCGGCAAGAUGUGCUCUUGUUGGAGAACCAGCUUCCUUAUCAAGUGCUGAAACUUUUAUCAGUCCGUGAGAAUGAUGCAAAUCUGUUGAAAAUCAUGAAUAAGUUUCUUCAGUGUCAUCAUUUAUCGCCUGUUAGACCCCAUCAAAGUGCUGAAAAAUGGGACGUGGAUAAGGAUCAAGACAGUGAAGAAGAGUACACAAGCAUUACUCUAACCGAAGAAGAGACUCAGCAACCCCACAAGGAGUCACCCAUUCAUCUUCUUGAUCAGCUUCGCAGAGCUAUCCUUCAUGAUCCUCCUGCUAAGGAAGCCAAAAACCAGGAUCGCAAGCAGAAAGGUAUGAGAAACAAUAAAGGCAACAACAAGAAUGAAGACAACGGCAUGAUAACAUACAGAAACAUAAAGGAGCUGAGAGCAGCAGGGAUUAGACUAAACAGCAGCAAAUCACGAAGGCUAAGAGACAUCAAAUUCUCUUGUGGAUGGUUAUGUGCUGAAUUGAAGCUUCCAGUGAUCAUCGUCGACGACACAACAGCUCCUACGUUUCUCAAUUUGAUAGCAUAUGAAAUGUGUCCAGAUUUUGAGAACAACUAUGAAAUAUGCUCCUUUGUGGCAUUCAUGGACUCACUUAUAGACCACCCUGAUGAUGUGAAGGAGCUUAGAUCAGCAGGGAUUUUGCUCAAUGCUCUUGGGAGCGAUGAAGAAGUGUCAAAGCUUUUCAAUACCAUAGGCACUGACUUGGUCCCUGACAUGGAUAAGUACGCUCAUAUUAGACCUCAAAUUGAGAAACACUAUAGGAACAAAUGCAAGACAUGGAUAGCUCUUGGUUAUCAUACUUAUUUCAGUAACCCUUGGGCAUUCAUUGCCUUCCUUGCUGCUGUUUUUGCUCUUCUUCUCACUUUCAUCCAAACUUUGUUUGCCAUUAACCCCGCUAGCUAA